AAGUAACGACAAUGGUAAUGACAUUGGCAAUGGAAGUGGCAAAGAAAGUCCCCAUUUGCAUGAAGAAAGUGAUUUACCAGAAAGGUAUAUUACUUUUUGGAUCAACAGAAAUGCAACCCAUAAUAGCUUGGAACACAACCUCCCUGAUAGUCCCUUUACAUCUCCUAAAGCUGUUGUGGACUUCUUUGAUGAUAAAUUAGCCAUAAUUGGAUGAUUUAGUUUAGUUUUGCAUUGGUUUUUUGUGGCUCCUUUUCUUCAAUCUCACUACUAUUGUUACUCUUAAAGGUAUUAAGAAGUUCUCCUCAUUCGUUCGUUAUUUAAAUCCUUUUAUUUUCAUUUCAGCUUUCAAUCUCUUACUUAAUUCACUGUUAUUUACAUGGCUUAUUCCAAAUAUCUGUUUUCCAUAACUUAUGUUGAUUGCAUAAAGUGAAGAAGCAAACUUUGGGCGAUUGUCAGAUCUAAAUCAGCACAACAACAGAGGUUAGUUGCUGCUUCUCAGCUUAUGGCUUCUACUACCCUCCUUUACUCUGCUGUAGCCACAAACAAAUGCAUGAAUCUCCUCCUCCAACAACAGCAAAGUGAUACCCAAAGGUACAUAUAUACAUCAUAUAUUCUUUCAUAAUUUAACUCAUAUGUUACUCUCUUGUGAAGUGAUCACUUUUACUUACACUUGGUUUGCUCUACAUGUUGAAGGGCCGGGCUGCCACGACGUUGAUGAUGGGUGAGGAUAUGCACAAAUUUAGUCUAUCCUGGCUUGAUAGGAACGAGUUUCCGAUAAACAGUGGGCUGGAAAUGGUGAACCCUGGUUCAAGACAGAUCUACUUGACUUUUCCAGCUGAUAGCACAUUUAGAGAAGAGGAUGUUUCCAAUUAUUCCAGUAUUUAUGGACCAAUUCAAGAUGUGAGGAUUCUAUAUCAACAAAAGAGAAUGUUUGGGUUUGUUACCUUUGUCUACCCAGAAACUGUUAAGCUCAUUCUUGCUAAAGGGAACCCUCAUUUUGUAUGUGUGAUGCUCGGGUGCUUGUGAAACCAUACAAGGAGAAGGGCAAGGUCCCUGACAAA